GGGAUCCCGGCGCUUCCAGCGGCUCCGAGCCGGGAAAGCCGCGGGGAAAAUGGGGAAAAAAGGACGGAAUUAGGGAUCGGCGCCCUGCGCGGGGUCUGCUGGGAGCGAUAUGCAAAUGAGGCAGCGCCGCGGCCAAUGGAAACCGGUCAAUUCAUGCCGGUAUGUAAAUGAAGCAUGGCGGGCGCUGCUGGGAGUGAUAUGCAAAUCAAUCGACGCUACUACCAAUGGCGGGAUCAGAUAUUAUGCAAAUGAAGCAGCGCGCCGACCAAUACAGGACGAGCGGGAAGCUGUCAGUAUGCAAAUAAAUCACCGCGUCAGCCAAUGGAAGGCGCGCAGCCAGCUGUCAGUAUGCAAAUCAGCCGCCGGGACAGCCAAUGGGCGCUGGGCGCGGGCGGAGGAAGCCCCGCCCCUCGCGCUGCCCGCCGGGCGGAAGCGGCGCCAGAAAAAAAAAGGAAAAAGGCGGAAAAAGACAAAAAAAAAGCGGCGGCGGCUGAAAAUGGCGGAAAAUUUAAAAGAGUGCUCCGUGUGCUGCCUGUCGCCGUGGUCGCGGCUGCAGGAGCUGUGCCGGCUGCAGCGCGUGCGGUGCCGCGCCCUCGGUGUCACCCGCCGCAACAUCGGCGACUUCGAGGUGGAGCUGCUGUGCGACUACCGGCGAGUGCGGGACGAGGAGUUCUACCUGGUGAAGUGGCGCGGUUACCCCUCCUCGGCCAACACCUGGGAGCCGCGCCGCAACCUGCGCUGCCGCGGGCUGCUGCAGCAGCUGCACGCCGACCUGGCCCGAGCCCCGGGCGGGCCGGCGCGGCCGGGCCCCCGCGGGCUCCCGGCGCGCGCCGUGUCCUACCUGGCGCAGAAGGCGGAGCAGCGGCGGGCGCUGCGGCGCUGGGAGCGCCACCUGAACCGCACGCGCAGCCACCGCGGCCGCAUCGCCGUGGAGAACGAGGUGGACCUGCACGGCCCGCCCCGCGACUUCGUCUACGUCAACGAGUACAAGGUGGGCGCGGGCGUGGCGCUGACCCCCGUGGCGGCCGGCUGCGAGUGCCGGGACUGCCUGGCCGAGGCCACGCUGGCCGGGGGCUGCUGCCCGGGCGCGUCGCACAACAGGUUCGCCUACAACGAGGCCGGGCAGGUGCGGAUCCGGGCGGGGCUGCCCAUCUACGAGUGCAACUCGCGCUGCCGCUGCGGCGCCGAGUGCCCCAACCGCGUGGUGCAGCGCGGCAUCCGCUACGACCUGUGCAUCUUCCGCACCGGCGACGGGCGCGGCUGGGGCGUGCGCACGCUGCAGCGCAUCCGCAAGAACUCCUUCGUCAUGGAGUACGUGGGCGAGAUCAUCACCUCGGAGGAGGCGGAGCGCCGGGGACAGGUGUACGACCGCCAGGGCGCCACGUACCUGUUCGACCUGGACUACGUGGAGGACGUGUACACCGUGGACGCCGCCCACUACGGCAACAUCUCGCACUUCGUCAACCACAGCUGUGACCCCAACCUGCAGGUGUACAACGUGUUCAUCGAGAACCUGGACCAGCGCCUGCCCCGCAUCGCCCUGUUCGCCACCAGGCCCAUCCGGGCAGGGGAGGAGCUCACCUUCGACUACAACAUGCACGUGGACCCCGUGGACGCCGAGAGCACCCGCAUGGACUCCAACUUCGGGCUGGUGGGGGGGUCCCUGGGGGGCUCCCCCCGCGCCCGCGGCCGCAUCGAGUGCAAGUGUGGGGCGGCCUCGUGCCGCAAGUUCCUGUUCUGAAACACCUGGGCCGCACCUGGGCCAC